AUGCGCGUGCGCUCCCUGUCGGAACAAGUAAUAUCCCAGGGAGGCGUGGCAUUGGCGAUAAGUGUUGAUAUCGUCAACGCCUUUAACUCCCUACCCUGGGAUGCAAUCAGGAGGGCACUCGCACAUCAUCAUGUGCCCCCUUACCUGCAAGGUAUUAUCGGGGACUACUUGCGCGACGGGUAUAUUCCGUACAUGGGGCAAGAUGGCAGGAAGAUCCGGAGGGAAAUCAAACGUGGGGUUCCACAGGGCUCGGUGAUGGGGCCGCUACUGUGGAACCUCGCCUGUGAUGUGGUUCUGCGAGUCGAUCUUCCCGCUGGUGUAGAUAUCGUCUGCUAUGCUGACGAUACAUUGGUGAUCGCCAGCGGGAUCACUUUCGAGAGGGCCAAGGAGCUCGCCGAACUCGGGGCGGAAGUCGUCGUUGCCAAAAUCCACGAGUUGGGAUUAGAAAUAGCGCCUCACAAGACCGAGGCCCUAUAG